UGUUGUAGGUAGACGUGUCUGUGAUGUGACUGAGUUUCAUCUCGUGCACAUUAUUUAUCUGUGGACGUUUCUCUUGUUUGAAGUCACAGACGAGAGCAGCAGCUACUAUGAGUGUAACUGCAGCAGCCAGUGGAUUUGUUGUCCUUCUUCUCACUGUGACAGUGGUACAGUGUGAGAAUGGCUGGGAUGUGAGUUACACUUCUACUGAGAUCUGUGCCGUCAGAGGAUCAACAGUGUACAUUACCUGUACCUACACAUACCCAUCCACAUUUAAUAACCAUGAGACUACAGUUCAGGAAACUUUCUGGUUCAUUAAAGAGAGUAAUGGGAUUCACGUUGAUCUAAGGACUGAUCCGGAGUAUUCAGGUCGUGUGGAGAAUCUCUGGGGAAACAACAAGUGCACUCUGAGAAUCUCUAACCUGAGAGAGAGCGACUCAGCUGUUUACAAGUUCAGGUUCACAACAAACCAGCCUACUGGGAGUUUAACUGGUUCAGCUGGAGUCACUCUGUCUGUCACUGAUUUGCAUGUGCAGGUGAGCAGAUCAGAGAAGCAUGACUCUUUUGACAGGGCAGAGCUCAGGUGUCAGAGCAGGUGUCGUCUUCCUGAUCAUCUGAACUACGUCUGGUACAAGAAUCAACAGAAGAUUGAGGAGGGAGCAACUUAUUUAGAUAUUUUUCUUCGUACAGACAGAGUUUCCUGUGCUGUUAAAGGACUCGAGGAUUUCCGCUCUCCGUCAAUGUUGGUGAGUCAGAAUGGCUGGAGUGUGAGUUACACUUCUACUGAGAUCUGUGCCUUCAGAGGAUCAACAGUGGACAUUAACUGUACCUACACAUACCCAUCCACAUUUAAUCUCCGUGAUACUACAGUUCAGGAAACGUUCUGGUUCAUUAAAGAGAGUAAUGGGAUUCCCGUUGAUCUAAGGACUGAUCCGGAGUAUUCAGGUCGUGUGGAGAAUCUCUGUGGAAACAACAAGUGCACUCUGAGAAUCUCUAACCUGAGAGAGAGCGACUCAGCUGUGUACAAGUUCAGGUUCACAACAAACCAACCUACUGGGAGUGUAACUGGUUCAGCUGGAGUCACUCUGUCUGUCACAGACCCUCAGCUCCAGGUAGAUGUGAGGAGAUCAACAGCCAAUCCAUCUUCUACCUGGACAGAGCUGACCUGUCACAGCAGGUGUCAGCUCCCUGAUCAUCUUUCCUACGUUUGGUACAAUAACAAUAAACCUGUCGGACGAAAAAAAUACUUUCACCUCCGACACUUUAAUGAUGAAGACAGCUAUCACUGUGCUAUAGAAGGACAGGAGCGUUUCCCUUCUCCUACAGUGUAUGCUCCAAAGCCUCCCUCUGUGUCAGUGAGUCCCUCUGGUGAGAUCAUGGAGGGCAGCUCAGUGACUCUGACCUGCAGCAGUGAUGCUAACCCAGCAGCUAACUACACCUGGUACAAGGAGGACGAGGACUCACCAACAGCAUCAGGACAAAUCUUCACCAUCACUGAUAUCACAGCUGAACAUGGUGGAAAGUAUCAGUGUGAGGCCCAGAACACACUAGGACGUAGUAAGGCCACCUUACAUCUGACUGUUGGAGCAGGGAAGUCAGUGAUAAUCAUGAAUAUCAUCAGACUGACUCUGGUGGUCGUGCUGGUUCCAGUGCUUGUCUGGACUCUGUGGACGAGGAUGAAGAAAACUCUGAGCUUGAAAUCAGAAGUGAAUGAAGCUGUGGAGAUGAUAGAGUCACAAAACUGUCCUGAGUAUGAGAACGUUGCUGCUGCAGCACAGACCGAAGACACAGAGGAGCAGGAGGACCUGGUGUGAAGCAUCAGGUCAGAGCCACUGGGACAAACACAACCAAGAUGGACGACUUCAGAGUAUAUCCGUACAAGUGGGUAGUUAUUAAAUACAGGAAAUCUGUCCAAGCUGCAAAAUAUCUGAGUGCAAGCGCAGAGUUUGAGAACAAGCAGAGCAAAUCUAAGCACCAGCAGGAGCUGUGUGAGUGCAAGCUCAGGGUGCUGAGUAAAAACACCACGAAAUCUGAACGUGCAAGUCCAGCUCUCAAACUAAAAGACCACGCUUUUUAAUGAAGAGGAAAACACCUGUACAUUUCCUUUCUACUCUUGGUUUCCUGUUUUCUUCUCUGCUCAGGUGCACUGUGAUUGGCUGAAAGUAUUUAGGAGGGAACAGGAAGUAUCUCUUUCCAUCCCCGGUUGCGGCAACAGCAGUUUGUACAGACCUUUAGAUCAAGAGUAUUGUUGUGUUGUUUCUUUUCUUUUUCUUUUCUGAUGGGUCCAGUCGUCCAGUUUCCACAGCUUUAUUUCUGUGAGCUUUAUUUCUGAUGUUGGUUUAGGUUGAAGGAAGAUUCUCAGAUCCUACGACCCUUUGUGGGUUGGUGUGUAGGGUUUUACUUAUUUUGUCCAUUUUGCCGGCCUGUUGUUGAAGUUGUUGUCUUUUCUGCAAUAAUAGAUUAUUUUGCUGUUAUCCUCCGAACUAUGUUGGACAUCUUGGUUAUGAGGCUUUGAGGCUGUGGUAACACCACGUGACUCAUCUUGUGUCUUAUACAUGAUAUUAAUGUGGUUAUUACACGGAUAAUGAAUUAUUAUGUAUCGUGAUUUUAUGAUUCUUUCUUAAAUAAAUAUUUUGGUCUUUUGUUUCA